CCCGGCGCAGGGUGAGGGGCAGCCCGGGGCGGCGGCGGCGGCGGCGGGGGGAGGCUCCGGGCGGCAUGAAGGGAGGCGCCGCAGAUUGCUGGAGGUCUGAUCAGUGUGGCACCAUGGACUCAUCAGAAGAGACUGGAGGCUCCUCUGCAGAAGAAAACUACUUUGUGAACUACACCUUCACCGACCGCUCCCACUCGGGCCGCGUGGCCCAGGGUAUUAUGAAACUCUGUUUGGAGGAUGAACUCUUUGCUGAUGUUACAAUAUCAGUGGAAGGCAAAGAAUUCCAGCUGCACCGUUUGGUCCUCUCAGCUCAGAGCUGCUUCUUUCGUUCCAUGUUCACCUCCAACCUCAAGGAGGCCCACAACCGGGUGAUUGAACUGCAGGACGUUAGCGAGAGUGUCUUUCAGCUCCUCGUGGACUAUAUUUACCAUGGGACUGUAAAGCUGAGGGCAGAAGAGUUGCAGGAAACCUAUGAAGUGGCAGACAUGUACCAGCUGACUGCCCUUUUUGAAGAGUGCUCCCGUUUUCUGGCCCGUACGGUGCAGGUUAGGAACUGUCUGCAGGUCAUGUGGUUGGCAGAUCAGCACAGUGACAUGGAGCUCUACACAGCUGCCAAACACUGUGCAAAGUCACAUUUGUCUCAACUGCAAGACACAGAGGAGUUCCUACACCUGCCUCUCCGCCUCCUGACAGACAUCCUUACAGAUGGCGUUCCGUGCUCUCAGAACCCAACGGUUGCCAUAGAAACCUGGAUCAACUUCAACAAGGAGGAGCGAGCGGGCUUUUCAGAGACGCUGCGAUCCAGCCUGAAGGUGAUUGGGGAAAACGUUCACAUCUACCUGAUCGGAAAGGAGUCAUCACGUACACAUUCACUCGCUGUCUCCCUGCACUGUGCUGAUGACGACUCCAUCAGCGUGAGUGGCCAGAACAGCCUGUGUCACCAGAUCACGGCAGCCUGCAAGCACGGCAGCGACCUGUACGUCGUCGGUGGCUCCAUUCCGCGGCGCAUGUGGAAGUGCAACAACGCGACUAUAGACUGGGAGUGGUGUGCCCCUCUGCCCCGAGACCGGCUCCAGCACACCCUUGUCUCCGUGCCCAGCAGGGAUGCGAUAUAUUCGCUGGGGGGGAAAACCCUCCAGGACACUCUCUCCAACGCCGUCAUAUAUUACAGAGUACGAGACAAUGUCUGGACAGAGACCAGCCAGUUGGAAGUGGCGGUCUCUGGAGCUGCAGGGGUGAACCUUAAUGGUGUCAUUUACCUGCUGGGUGGGGAGGAAAAUGACUUGGACUUCUUCACCAAGCCGUCUCGGUUGAUUCAGUGCUAUGAUACCAACACAGAGAAAUGCCACGUGAAGCCGUACGUCCUGCCCUUUGCCGGGCGCAUGCACGCCGCUGUCCACAAGGACGUGGUGUUCAUUGUAGCCGAGGGGGACUCGCUGCUGUGCUACAACCCUCUGCUGGACAGCUUCACCCGGCUGUGCCUGCCGGAUGCCUGGAGCUCCGUGCCGUCCCUCUGGAAGAUCGCCAGCUGCAACGGCAGCAUCUACGUCUUUCGCGACCGCUACAAAAAGGGCGACGCCAACACUUUCAAACUGAACCCAGCCACCUCGGUUGUAACGGUCACGAGCGGCAUCAAAGUGCUGCUCACUAACCUGCAGUUUGUGCUGGCCUAAGCGGGCAAACAGACACAGCGAAAGAAAGGGCAGCAGCUCGCAGGCACCCACCGCACUCAGCACCAGUCCCCAGUACUACGAGCUCACGUCCAGUGAAGACCCCCAAACAUCUUACCCGUGCAGAGGAAGUACAAGCUUUCUGGCUGUGGGCCUGUACUUUGACAUAGCACUAUUGGAGUUGAACUGCUGCAUCUUAGAUUCCAGACGGGCUAAAUGCUAUUACUUCGAUCCCUUGAUGAUAAGCUGCUUGUGUUUGAGGCCCAAACUACAGCAAAUGGCUCUUCAGCCUGGAACCAACCUGCCAGUAACAACAUACGGACAGCAUCCUCCUUGGCACGGACUGCCACUUUAACUGUGAGACUGCGUGUUGCUGCCGUGUCUGUCACAGAGUUACACGUGUGCCGUGUCCUCGAGGGAUGUCCCUCUUUAAACAUUCCCUUCUCCCUGUUGCAGAAGGAGGGACUGGCAGAAAUAUUGACAGCAGGCAGAUUCCAGAGCCGACCUCAAGACCUUUAAUAGGUAGGCUGCAUUAUUCAGCACUUGUUCCAGAGGAGUGGAAUCAAACUGAGAACUUGCUUAUUACUCUGUUAUCACCUAAAAUAAUGAGGGAGAUUGUUUUUAUGAGCAUUGGCUUCCUUUACUUUACAGGGAAUCCCCACCUGUAAUCAUAACGUAGUGUUGGUGAAAGAUGGAAUUAAGACCACUUCCUCCUACCCCUCUCUGUUGGCACUGUAACCCUUUGGGUAAGAAUCUGAAUAAAGUCUUUGGUGAGACAAAGUUUUCUUUCCC